AUGUCUGUCGCCGAUGACAGCAUGUGGGGAGUGGGAGACCUGGGCUCCGUCCCUCCCCCCUCCUCCCACCCCCACACCACCAGCACCACCAGCGGAAGUCCCCACAGCCACGACCCACACAGCGACAACGCCAGUCAACACGAGAGUCGCCAUAGCAACGCCGCCACGCCCAUCAAAGACUGCUACGACGACGACGACAACGACGAUGAGGACGACGACAGCAAGAGCGACUCUGGCACGCCCAACGACAAGUCUGGCAAAGACACGGGAGAUUCCCACAGCGACACCAACACAGGAGACCCGCCCAAGAAGAGAAAGCGGCGAGUCCUCUUCUCCAAAGCUCAGACCUACGAGCUAGAGCGUCGGUUCCGUCAACAGAGGUAUCUCUCCGCCCCAGAACGCGAGCACUUAGCCAGCAUCAUCCGCCUCACGCCCGUCCAGGUCAAGAUCUGGUUCCAGAACCAUCGAUACAAGCUCAAACGCUCUCGACAAGAGAAAGGACUCGCGGAUUUGAACCCCCUCCCCUCUCCACGACGUGUAGCCGUCCCGGUGUUGGUCAAAGACGGGAUCCCGUGCCAGCGACCCAGCAUGAACGCCAGCCUCAAGUCUGCCGAGCACCAGCACGCGCAUCUCUCCAUGCAGACGGGCAUGGCCAACAUGGGAAUGAGCAUGAACCCGUCGGGUCUCAACCACAUGGGCUCCAUGAACGGUUACGGGAACAUGGCGCCCGGCACGGCCCAGGCCAUCUCCUCCACGCUGGCCAACUCUAUGUCCAUGAACAUGAACAUGUCCUGUUCCUACAACAACAGCAUCUCUCAUCUCAACGUGCCCAGUGUCAACAACAUGAACGUCCUGCCGGGCUACAGCCACCCGCUGCUCCAGCCGCAGACUCGCUGGUGGUGAUGGCUCGCACACACUUAUCCAUACAACUAGGACUUACAAUAUUGUUUCGUUAGACCCGUUGGUGAUGAUCUAAGGCACACUCUUACAAUGAGGACUUUUACCUUACUGAGACAUGUGUCUGGUGAUGAUCUAAGGCACACUCUUACAAUGAGGACUUUUACCUUACUGAGACAUGUGUCUAGGGGGGAUCUAUGGCACUCUCUUAUACAUACAACAUAAACGUCCUGCCGGGUACAGCCACCCGCUGCACCAGCCGCAGACUCGUUGGUGGUGAUCCGUGGCACGCUCAUAGGAACUUUACAAUACUUUUUUCUCAGACCCGCUUGUACGCUUGUAGUCCUAUAAUAGACAACUAGGACGUUUACCUUACUGAGACAUGUGUCUGGUGGUGAUCUAUGGUACACACUUAUACAUAAUAUAACUAGGAUUUUAACCUUACUGAGACAUGUGUCUGGUGGUGAUCUAUGGCACACACUUAUACAUAUUAUAACUAGGACUUUUACCUUACUGAGACAUGUGUCUGUUGGUGAUCUAUCCAACACAAAUAGGAACUUAACAAUACUGUUAUCUCAGACCCGUUGGUGGUGAUGGAUAGCACGCUCAUUAGGCUAGGACUUUCACCUUAUUAAGACAUGUGUGAUGACACGAUAUACUAGGUACUGUCGUCUCAGACUUGCUAGUAUUGAUCCACGACACUCAAAUAGGAACGAUACAGUACUGUUUUGUUAGACCCACUGAUGGUGAUCUAUCGCACAAACUCAUACACGACUAGCACCUUUAUGAUACGGGGACAAGUGUCAUACCACAAGGUCUACGGUACUGUUUUCUUAGACUAACUAGUGGUGCUCCAUGGCAGACAAACAGGAACUUUACGACGCUAAUGCGUCUACAAUACCACGAAAUCUACUAUACUGUGUUCUUGGACUCGCUGGUGUUGAUGCAUCGCACGCUCAUACAACUAACAUUUUUUCGAAGCAAGUGCGUCUCCGAUACUACGGGAUCUAUGAUAGUGGUAUGUCAACGAUGCCAGGAGAUCAACGAUGCCAGGAGAUCAACGAUACUGUUUUCUUAGGCUCUAUGCUGGUGUUGAUUUAUAUCGCAAACAUACAUAGGACAUCAACGAUUCUAGGACUUCUACGAUACGGGCACAUCCACGAUACUGUUUUCACGAUAUCCCUACAGUGACCUAGUUAUCCUCACAGUGACCUAGUUAUCUCCACCGUGACCUAGUUAUCGACACCGUGACCUAGUUACCCCCACAGUGACCUAGUUACCCCCACUGUGACCUAGUUACCCCCACAGUGACCUAGUUAUGGUUUCCUCAACGAACUCCGCCCUGCCCGACUGCCUGGGAUGAGAACCGUGCACAAAGUAACAAUUUCCUGGUUGUCCCAGCUGGUGUGAGUGAGAUGUGACGUCACUUUCUCACGUGCAGAACAGCACUCACUGUGUGUGUUACAGGAGUUAACCCCUUCCCUGCCUCGCCCGCGACUGUGUUAACGUCUUGGUGGGGUUAACGAGCGGGUGGAGCCGUGAAGGGUUAAUAUAAUAAUAAUAUUGUUAUUUCUUUGUUUAUAAUGAUAUCACAUGAGAUGAAAUGAAAUGAAA